UGGCAUUGCGAUGACGCAUUAGCCCCGCCUCUAUCAGGAAGCGGCUGUCAUGUGACUUGUUUGUUGGCGAUCUGCUGUACGGAACCGCAUAAUUUCAUUACAGACAAACUAGCGCUUGUCCCGGGUAAUUCCCCCUCUCCCCCUUCUCCGCCAUGGACGAGACGAGCCCGCUAGUCUCUCCGCUUCGCGAUUCCAACGAGUUCACCUACGGUCCCGCCGAGCCGACGAGUCCCCGGGGCGGAUUUGGAGGGACGCCGGGCUCCGUGGUGCGUCUCCCGGCGGGGAGUCCCGGACGCAGCCGCGAGCGACAGCCGCUCCUGGACCGAGACCGAGGAGCGUCGGCCCGCGACCCGCACAGGAACGAGUUCCCGGAGGAUCCGGAGUUCAGAGAGAUCAUCCGGAAGGCGGAGCGGGCCAUCGAUGAGGGCAUCUACCCCGAGCGCAUCUACCAGGGCUCCAGCGGCAGCUACUUCGUCAAAGACACCGGAGGGAAGAUCAUCGGCGUCUUCAAACCAAAGAACGAGGAACCAUACGGACAGCUGAACCCCAAAUGGACCAAAUGGCUUCAGAAGCUCUGCUGUCCGUGUUGUUUCGGCCGGGACUGUCUGGUCCUGAAUCAGGGCUAUCUGUCAGAGGCCGGCGCCAGUUUAGUGGACCAGAAACUAGAUCUCAACAUCGUGCCGCGCACCAAGGUGGUGUAUUUAGCAAGCGAUACGUUUAAUUACAGCGCCAUCGACCGAGUGAAGGCUCGAGGAAAGAGGUUAGCGCUAGAAAAAAUGCCCAAGGUGGGCCAACGGUUCCACCGGAUUGGCCUGCCACCCAAGGUGGGCUCAUUCCAGCUUUUCGUAGAGGGGUAUAAAGAUGCAGAUUUCUGGCUGCGCAAGUUUGAGGCAGAGCCUUUACCAGAAAACACUAAUCGCCAACUCCAGCUCCAGUUUGAGAGACUGGUGGUGCUGGAUUACAUCAUCAGAAACACAGAUCGAGGAAAUGACAACUGGCUCCUCAAAUAUGACUGUCCGAUGGAUACAUCAAGCAACAGGGACAGUGAUUGGGUGGUUGUGAAGGACCCCAUCAUUAAACUGGCAGCCAUUGACAACGGUCUGGCCUUCCCUCUCAAACACCCAGAUUCAUGGAGAGCCUACCCAUUUUACUGGGCUUGGCUGCAGCAAGCGAAGGUUCCAUUUUCUCUAGAGAUCCAUGAUUUAGUUCUGCCCAAAUUAUCCGACCCGAACUUCAUCAAAGACCUUGAAGAAGAUCUAUAUGAGCUUUUUAAGAAGGACCCGGGUUUCGACAGAGGACAGUUCAAGAAGCAGGUGUCAGUAAUGAGGGGUCAGAUCCUGAACCUGAUUCAGGCUCUGAGGGAAGGGAAGAGCCCGCUGCAGCUGGUGCAGAUGCCGUCGGUGACCGUGGAGACCGCGCGAGCGCCGCAGAGAGCCAGCAGCGAGUCCUACACACAGAGCUUCCAGAGCAGAAGACCCUUCUUCACCCGCUGGUGAUGUGGGCUAAUGCGUGUGUACAGCCCGAUUACAGUUACGGUUUUCGGUGGGAUUUUGGGAACAACCAGAGUAGGAAUAACUGAUGAGAAACACGUAGUUCUGAAGGAACACAUUGCCUUGUUUACUGUUACACUGAAUGAACACACGAAGCCGCGCUCGGAAUUACCUGCAUGUUAAAAACACGAUGAAGGAGAAACUUUCUGCUGUAGUAAAACCUAAACGCUUGACGGCUCCUUCCCGGCACUGGAACUGCAUAAUUCGUGAGAGUUUUCUUCUCAUCCCUACUUUAUUUUUUUUCAUUAGCUUUAUAUUUUUCUCUAUUUUGAUGCCUGCAUGUCUGGCGUUCAUACCCUGGAGGCGGAGUCACCUCAGCGCUCCACCGAGCGCGUGCACACACACUGGAACGUUCCAUUCUCGCAGUGACAUUCUUUUUUUGUUCGUUAUUUGAUUUAAUUUGAAAAUAUGAAAGUCAUUGUAAUUUUUUUCAACAAUGUAUUCACAGGUGUCAACAAAACUGACCUUAAAAGGUGAGACUGGACUGUAUCAUUUGUAUGUAAUGUAUUUAAUGUAAGAUUAUAUAAUCAUGCGGUACUCAAUAAAAGAAAAGACUCGAGGUUGA